GUUUCUACGAUACAAAUGACCUACAUACAGGUUGGAAGACUCGAAGAUUUGAUGGUUUCAACCAUUUGAAUUCUUAUCGUUGUCAUGUCGAGUAGUCGGCCGCUUUUUGUCUGUUUAGUUGUAUUUUCCAUUUUCCCCCAUGGAUUCAUAGUCAGUGGACUUACGCUACCCCCUGUUGGUGAAAAUGGAAAUCAAGGAAUUGGCGAUUGGUGGAUUUAUUCGAGUGUACCUACCGCAUUAGCAGCUUCUAAUGUCAGUGAAACAUGCAUCCAACAUUCACGGGAAUACUUAGUGGCUCUUCGAGAUCGCCAAACAUGGGCAGUCAAAAUGUACGAAUCGUCUGGCAGAUUGAUAGAAAACUUGAUUUACAUUGAAGAAAAUAGCGACGUUCACCAUGAAACGGGAUUGUUUGAUGGAUGUGUUUCUGUACAAUCAGAUGGAAUCCCUUUCCAAGGGCAAUAUUGCACCGUAUUUUUCGGAUUGAAACAAGUCGAUUCCGGUGGCAUAUCGAACAGUGUUGAGAAUUGGAAAGAAGAAGAACCAAUCGAAAAGUCGUCAAAUUUUCUAAAACCCAGCGUCGGUUUUUGUCUUCCAUCAACAUGCAGUGCACGAGACUUACGUUCUGCAGUUGCUCAGCAAGUCGGAUACCGUGUCAGCAACGGUAAAAAUUUCUCUAUCGUGGCCACAUCAAGCGAAGACUACUGUUACACCCAGGAGAAAAUUCUUGCAAACGGCACAAUCGACAAUCUGGCGCUCAUCGUUCUGUCAGUGUUUUGCUUUUUAGGCAUUGUUGUCACUGUAGCAACAGUCCACCAUACUUGGACAAACAAUGACUGUGACGAUUCAAGGAAGCCAUUUGCAAUUCAGUUGCUUCAUUGUUUCUCAGCUAAAAGGAAUUGCAAAACAUUGUUGUCGGUUCAAGAAGAUGCCAAGGAUAGUUUAGCUUGCCUGCAUGGAAUUCGAGUUCUAACCAUCUGCUGGGUUGUACUAAUGCAUGUUGGUUCGGAAUUCACCAUUGAACGAAUUUCUUAUAACAAACAAACUGCUGUAAAGAAUUCACUACGAUGGGAAGUACAAGGCCUGGCCAAUGGUUUAUUUGCAGUUGAUUCCUUUUUCUUGAUGAGUGGCCUUUUAGUUGCAUUUACACAAAUGCGUCAGUUGGACCAAAAUAAUGGAUUCUUUAACAUCAAGCGAUUUUAUUUCCACCGAUACAUCAGACUUACGCCCGUGUACGCAGCUGUGAUGGCUUUUAUAGCGACACUUUGGCCGCGACUUGGAAGCGGCCCUGAUUGGCAUUUCUUGCAACAGAUGAGCAAGGGUGUCCGUCAGAGAUGGUGGACCAAUAUGCUGUACAUAAACAAUUACGUAGCCACAACGGAACUGAGCAUGAGCAAUCCCCUGAUGGGCAUGAUUGAGUCUUGGUCGCUGGCCUGUGACAUGCAAAUGCUGUGGAUCAGUCCGCUCUUUAUUUAUCCACUUUGGCGUUGGAAAAAGGCCGGUUUACUUUGGACUGUAGUUUGCUUGCUCAUUUCCCUGGGAUACUCAGCUAUCCUUUUUUUCAUCCACGAUUUACCUGCUUCUCUUACACCACUAGGAAGACCGUCACAAAUAGCGAGGAUCGAUGACUAUGUACACAACCAUUAUUUGGACACGUUUAGCCGGAUUCCCGCAUAUUUAAUAGGAAUUCUCCUAGGAUGGAUACUCCACAACACCAAAAAUAGAAAAGUUUACAUGAACAAAUAUCUGGCAGGUAUAGGUUGGAUUAUAGCUACACUGUUUGCACUGGCCGUUAUCUAUGGAAUGACUCCCUACCUGGACGAGACUACAGUCCCUGUGGUAAAUCCUUUCAUUCGAAUUUCGUAUGGAGCUUUCCAUCAUUCGGCUUGGGCGAUUGCCGUUGGAUGGAUCAUAUUCACCUGUACUCAUGGAUAUGGAGGUUUCAUCAACCAAUUUUUGUCUUGGAAAUUGUUUCUCCCUUUUAGCCGGUUGAGCUAUGCUGCCUACCUAAUCCAUUACAAUAUGAUAAAAGCAUAUGCGUCUCACCUGCGCAAGCCUUUUUAUUUCACUGAAUGUGUCUAUGCAACGACGUAUGUUGGCAUUUUGGUUAUCACCUUUGCAAUAGCGUUUGUGCUGUCUGUAGUAGUGGAAAUGCCUUUCCUCAAUUUGGACAAAUUUUUCUUCCCAAUCAAGUCAAAGAAUCAACAAGGAAAGAAAAAGACGUGAGGAUGAUUUUGCCGGAUACGUGGGUUCGACACCGUUUGCGUCCUGUAUGUGGUUCCCAACAGUCAUGUACUACUACCCCUGUCAGCCUUGUCAG